AUGAAGUAUCAAACGGAAUAUCAACGAAAUUUUCAAAAACGAACGCCAAGACCUGUAGAUGACUAUACAAAACCAGAAAGAAAAUUAAAUGAAGUACCAAUAAAAUCUUCAUCAUCAUCUUCAUUAACACCAGCACGUCGGCGUGGUCGCUCAUUACCAGGAUCACCUACUAGAAAUGAUAAUAAUUUUGCGGUUAUUGGUCCCAAUGAAAAAUUCUCAAGUUCACAACUCUACCGCCUACGCCAACCGAUUAAAGAUAAUGCUCGAGUGAAAAAACCACGAGAAUAUGCAAUUCUAGGAAGAAAUGAAAAAUUUCAAGACAAUACUAUUUAUCCAUUGAGAAAACCAGUUUGGGAUGAUUCAGCACGAGUUCCUGUUCGGCGAUCUGAAAGCGAAAAUCAUUCAUGUGGUAUACAAACUGAACUUCAAAAAGCACCACAUGUAACGUUUGAUGCUCAAUACGGACGUGAAAUAGUUCCUGUUCGAAGUCGUAUUGGUGCACAAAGUGAAUAUCAACAACAAUUCCAUUGGAAACAACCCUUAGGAGAUUUAGUUAGUGAUCAAAUGCUUGUUGAAGAUUCUAAAGUGCGUGAUCGACGUUCAGAUCCUGUAUUACCAUUGACAGUGAUUGAUCCAUCGGAAAAAAUUCUAAUUGAAAAAGCAUCUGUUGCUGUCAAUACACCGGCACGUGUUGAAAUUAUUGUUGAUAAACCUAAACAUCAAGUGAGUCGAUCCGUGUCUGGUCCAAUAAAUCCAAUUCAUUCAAAACAUAACCAAGUAACGGAAUAUCAAUCACGUUAUAAGCCAAUUCCUAAUCAAAAGAAACCACCUACACGUAAAGCAUUUGAAGCUGAACAAGUUGAAGAAAGAAAACGAAAAGAAAUUGUGAAAGCUGAGCGUGCGUAUUCAGAUGAUGAAGGUACAGGUGCUAAAAUGAAUUUAGGAAAGGAAUUUCGACAAAAAAAUUCACAGAACAAUUUAAGGCGUUGGAAAUCUGAAUAUCAAACAACAUUUAAGCCUUUUUGGCGGUUCGAUUAUAAAAAUGGCAAAUGGUAUAAGGAUGCUGCAGCAGAUGAGCAAGGCUUUAAUCCAAAUUUAUUUUGGUAUAAAGAAUUAGUGUCAAGUCGACAACGAGCUGAUGAAUAUCGCGCUAAUGCCGAAGCUGAUCAUUUUAAUCGUGAUCAUAUGCUUCAAUUACAAACAGGUUAUGGUGGAAAUAAAAGUUAUCUUGCAUGGGAUACAAAUAAUGAUAAUGAUGCCGAUAGUGUUGUUUCUAUCGAUCGUGAUUUAGAACGUCAACGUCAACGUGACAAACAAAGUCAACGGCGAGUCGAUGAACGUAUUCAAUCAAAGAUUCAUUAUCAUGAAAAACAAUCUGAAAAACCAGCACUUCAUAAAACUGACCAAGUUGCACAAACUGAUCACCAAGUGGAUCGUAUUGUUUAUAUUGAUGACCCAAUACCAAAAGCACCAAGUGCUGCAACAAAAGCCUUCGUACGUAAUUUAAAUUCAUCAGCUGUUCAACAACAUAUGGCUUGGGACUCAGAAAGUUUAUAUAGUCAACGAACUGCUUCCGACAUAGAUUUUAAAUCAAACAAUGUCCAUGAUGUUCAUCGAAAGCAUUAUGUCAACGAGGAACCAACUAUUAUUCGAAAACCAUCAUCAAUGAAGCAACACGAACAUCGAAGCUCAGGUACACAUUCGCCAUUGAUCCAUGAACGACAACAAAUCAACAAUGGUUAUACAUCACCACAAACACAUGAACCAAUAAAUAAACAAAAUGGUAUCAUUCGUCCAUCAACAAGUCUUCAGGAAACACGACAUGCUGCUGGUCGAUCAAAUUAUGACACUCAUGCAUUUGAUAAACGUUUACCCGUCCGACCUCACACAAGCAUGAAUGAUUAUCAUUCAUAUCCAGGUAAUCGAUCUAACGAGAAUCGUAACUAUCAACAAACAGAUUCACCAGCAUCAAAAUCAUCAUUUCAAGCUCAUUUGAAUCGAUUAGAUGAACGGUUUGGUCAGAAUUAUAAUGCACGUAAUAAAGAUGAUGACAUUUUAUCAAUGCAUUCUGCUCGAUCAUUGUCGUCAAGUUGUAGUUUAGCAUCUCAAACACUUGAACGUGCUCAACAAAAUAUGAAUAAAUAUUGGGGUGGUCAUGUACCAGCUUCGAUUGAUUCACCUAAAUAA